CUACAACAACGCCACCCCUAUUAUUGAGCCAUCAAUAUCUUCCCCUUCUCUCUCUCUCUCUCUCUUGUGCAAAAUGUAAUAUCAACCUUCCAAAAAGACACAAGCAGACAGUUUUUCUUCCUUUCUUUGUACUCUCCCUCUGAGAACUGAGAAAAGAAGCAGCAACUCUCUCUCUCUCUCUCUCUCUCUCUCUCUCUGAGGCUGCAAUGGCCAUCCAAAACACAACCCUCCUCCUCUUUUUGUCUCUUCUCUUAUCCUCCACAGUAACUAUUUCCACAUCUGCCGCUGCAUUGCCAAGAGAGCAAGAGAUGGACAGAGUCUCAGCACUCCCGGGUCAGCCCCCAGUGGCAUUCUCCCAAUUCUCUGGGUACGUCACCGUGAACGAGCAAGAGGGUCGGGCUCUGUUCUAUUGGUUGACCGAGGCUACUUCCUCUCCUGAGAAGAAGCCUCUCGCUCUCUGGCUCAAUGGAGGACCAGGCUGCUCAUCUGUCGCAUACGGAGCGUCUGAGGAAAUCGGGCCAUUCCGAAUCAACAGGACAGGUUCAUCCCUCUACAUGAACAAGUACUCGUGGAAUACAGAGGCAAAUCUUCUCUUUCUUGAAUCCCCAGCUGGAGUUGGUUUCUCCUAUACAAAUACCAGCUCCAAUCUCAAAGAUUCUGGGGACAAACGAACAGCUGGUGAUGCUCUUGUUUUUCUAAUAAGAUGGAUGUCCAGAUUCCCUCAGUACCAACAUCGUGACUUUUACAUCUCGGGGGAGAGCUAUGCGGGGCAUUACGUUCCCCAGUUGGCGAAGACAAUUCAUGACUACAACAAACAACAUUCUUAUCCCAUCAUUAAUCUCAAAGGGUUCAUUGUGGGAAAUGCAGUGACCGACAACUACUAUGACAGCUUAGGAACAGUUGCAUAUUGGUGGAGCCACUCCAUGAUCUCAGACGCCACCUACAAAUCAAUCCUCAACAACUGCAAUUUCACAUCUGACGACUCCUCCAAGCAAUGUGAUGAUGCUGUGAACUAUGCCAGGAACCAUGAGUUUGGCAACAUCGACCAGUACAGCAUCUACACACCCUCUUGCUUGUCCUUGCCCAAUAGCACUAUCAGGGUCAAGAACACCCUCCUGCGACGGCGUAUCUCGGGUUACGAUCCCUGCACAGAGAACUACGCCGAGAAGUAUUAUAAUCGGCCCGACGUGCAAAAGGCCUUGCACGCGAACAUUACGGGGAUUCCUUAUAAGUGGACUGCUUGCAGUGAUGUUCUGAUCAAGAAUUGGAAGGAUUCUCAAAAUUCAAUGCUACCAACAUACAAGGAGUUAAUUGCAGCUGGACUCAGGAUCUGGGUGUUCAGCGGUGACACAGAUUCGGUGGUUCCGGUGACAGCCACCAGAUUCUCCCUCCGCCAUCUGAAUCUCACCACUAAAACUCGGUGGUACCCGUGGUAUUCUGGCAAUCAGGUUGGAGGAUGGACCGAGGUAUAUGAUGGGCUAACUUUUGCGACAAUAAGAGGAGCUGGGCACGAAGUGCCUCUGUUCCAACCCAAGAGGGCCUUCAUUCUUUUCAAAUCAUUCUUGACAGGAAAAGAACUGCCAAAGUCUUGACACAGUUUGCUGUGGGUUAAAAUAAAGGCAAGAUAGGGAUUUGAUUAUUUGUUAGCUUUGAUGGGAGUUGGUGGAACAAUCCAAACAACUUGCUACAUACGAAAGAAUAAUGGGGGAAGGCGCGAGUAAAAGCUAGGGAAGCAGAUGAUUCGUUUACAAUUGUUCUUUUGAUUGUAUGGAUGAAAGUGUCUGAAUUUGAAGGAGGAACUCUACCAAAAUUCUGGUAACAUCGUAAAAGCAGGGGGUGUCAAAUAUCGAUUCAAUGCAAGGGGAAUGUAAUUUCAAGAAAUGGUAAUUGCGUAGUGUUGUUCUCUGUUCUUUGUUCUUCA